AUGACCCUGCCAACGAACAGCACAUCGACGGUGGCCGAGGACGACUCAGACAUGUUUGGGCCACCCCACUCGUCGCCCCCGAUCCGCCGCAACCGCCCCAAGGUGCCGAUGAUCUCGCCCCAGCUGAAGCAGCGCGAGGUGCGCAAACGAAUCCUGCAACUGUGCGUGCACAAGCUGGAACGCAUCAAGGACUCGGAGCGUAACCUGCGCCGCUCGGUGUGCAUCAACAACACGUACUCGCGCCUGACCGAUGACAUCCGGCGCGAGAAGCAACACAAGCUGCUCAUGCUCUCCAAUCUCGCCAAAUCGACUGACGGUAGCCGGAAGCAGCUGGACGAAGACGACGCGUCCUCGGAGGACUGCAUCAACAACAACCUUACCAAUGCCAGCAACAACAACAACAACAACAACACCGGCGUCGGCCAUCAUCACCAUCAUCACCACCACCACCACCACCAUCUCCACUGUGGGGGUGAGCUUGGAGAGUUCGUACCCAACAAUGAGAAUCUGAACAACAACUGUCAGCUGCAGCACAACCACAAUCUGUCCUCGCAACAUCACCACAACCACCUCAACCACCAUCAGCAUCUGCAGGCGUUGCAUCAGCGACUUUCCCACCCGCAUCAGCUCCACCACCACCAUCAUCAUCAUCAUCAUCAUCAGCAGCAGCAGUUGUCGGUGCAGAACAACACCACCGGGACGGAGGGAAGCUGCAAUGGAACCAGCAUCAGUUCUUUGUCCUCCUGCGGCACCUUUUCGACCACCACCGAACAACUGCUCGGAACGACGUCACCGUCCGACGGCAUCAUUGGCGAUCAGCAGCGAUCGACGGUGGUCGCUCAUAAGAAAUCAUCCUCCGUCGAAACGGACCUGGAAACGCUCGAUCGGGAGUUGUGUGCGCUGGACGCCGCAAUGCCACUGGUCGAUCCUGAGAUCACGCAAGGUGCCGAACAGCUCGAGCAAGCCAUGGUAUCCCGGAAGCGGAAGUUUGCCUCGAUCGAUGACGAUGAUAGCGAUCGGUUAGUGCGCGAGGCACUCUCCCAAAUCUACUUCCCCAGUGCCGGUCGACUGCUGACGGGGAUCGACGAUUGUCCGGCAGCGUCGGAGGAAGGAAACAAUAGCACCGGAAACGGAACCAACACCAACACCGGCGAAGACGAUCAUCACCGGCAAGAAGGUGAUGAUGGUGAUCAUGAUCAUGAUGAUGAUGAUGAUGAUGUGACGACACCACCGCACGGUGGGAACAUUUCACCCAAACGACCAAAGAUCGGUGAUCUCCUCGGUGACACACCCUCCUCCCUGCAUUCGUUCUCACCACACCCGUUCCUGCACCCGUUUCAUCCGUUGCCGGAUCUCAGCGGAUUCGACUAUCAGGUGGCGCAUCACCACCAGAAGGAGUUCGAGGUGAUUAUGGACGCGUUACGGCUGGGUGUUAGCAGUGGUGGAGCGAUGGCAGCGGCUGCCGUCGUUGCGGCCACUUCGGCAGCUGGUGCAGCGGCAGCGGCGGCUGCGGCGGCUGCUGCAGCUGCGGCCGCCACCGGAAAUGCCACCGGAACGGCGAUGGGUUGUGGUGUUGGUGGUGGUGGCGGUGCUGGUGUUGGUGCAAUGACCAAUGGUGGAGGUGUCGGUACGGUGGGGGGACCAUGUACCGGGGGGUCGGUGGGUGGGGGUGUGGGUUCACCCAUUGACUCCUGCGGCCAGGCGGCCAUGCUGGGGAUGGGCACGGAUGGGGGUGCGAGUGUGUUCCACAAUCUCGUCGUGACGUCGCUGGAAACUUGA